UGAGUGAAGAGAGAAAGCAGUGUACAGCAGAAGGACUUGUGCAGAGAAGAAGGAAGGAGUCAGUUGAUGAGGCAAUCGCCAAGGUCAGCGGAGACACAGCAGAUGAACUGGAAGGCUUGCUGCACAGAGAAGAAGGGAGGGAGGUGUAUCUGGAAGAGGGGAAAACACUACAGCAAAGAAGGUGGUUUGAGCUGCGACGUAGAUUGUGCAGGGAAGCGAGGCAGGCAUGAGAAGGGGUCACCGAUUGUGGCGGGCAAACACCAAGUGUGAGUGAGCGAAAGCAGAGAGCUGAAAGGAUUGUGCAGAGAGAGAAGGAGGAGUAUAUGCAAGAGUGCAGAACAAUGGCCUGCCAGGAAGGUGGCUUAAGCUACACAGAUGGGCUAGGGAAGCGUCGCAUGCAUCUGAACUUAUUUGGAAAUGAUGAUGUGGAACUUGAUGGAUCUGGAAUUGGUGAAACAAAAUGAGACAUGAUGAGAAAGGACUUGGGGUGCAAACAACCUUGUCAUUUGACGUAUGCUGAUUACGACGGGGAAGAAGUGGAAAAGGACGAGGUAAGCCGCGACAAAUUGGGAUGAAGUCUAACGGAAUUCAGAGUUCACCAAAUCGAGGUCCGCGAGUGGUGUUGUAGCGGAGCAGCUUCGGCUGCGAUGAGAAGCCUCUGUGGCCGGCAGCUGGGAAAGCAUAACUAAGGGAACAAGCACAGAGAACACUUAAGUCUGCCCGACUGUACUGCUGCCCACUGGUGAAGAACCAUUCAUCGACAAUGGGCCGGGCAAAGUACGCUGAAGUCUGUUCGCGUGUACUGCUGCCCGUCAAAGUAGAAUCGUUCUUCAUAAGCAGUUGCUAACACCGUCAAGCGUGAUCCUUUCUCUUUUUCAGAAAAGGAGUGUCCUGGCAUCCAAGCAUGACAUGGAAUUCCGAACGCCGACCUUCUUAGUGUUUCUUGGGCGCUCAAUGAGCAAAGAACCAUGCUACCGAGUGUGCCUGCCGGGGUGCAAGACGCACUCCCAUCACGGCCACCAUCCAGUACAUGUGUGCUGCUCAGCAAGGCUCGCAGAGGACAAGAGGCCAAAGCUGACAGAGCAGGAGGGAUCGGAGCUUGCAGAGGAGGAGAGAUCAAAGCCUUUUGCGCAAAUGAAUUUGAGGAGCCUGAGUGUGCCUGGUCAACAAGCUGUCCAGGUACACCACACUUUUUGCCCCCGAGUCGACAGCUGGCACAGCGGCGUAACACCGCAUUGCACCAAAUUGACAGGAAGCUGAACCAGAGUCAUGACAGGGGGUUACGGUUUAAACUUUUAACUUUAACUUCAAUCCCCCGGACGUGCAAGUUUACUAUGGAACUCAUGGGCCCAUCUCAUCUCCAUGGUACCGAUCAAUGAGUUCAGUCCCUAUAUAUUGAUCAGUCCCAAUACAUUAAAUUAUUAAUCAAUAUGUCCAGUUCUGCACUGGGAGUCCACCAAACGACUUUAGGACGGCCUUGCUCCCCUGUCGUCUGAUGGGAUCUGCGUGGUGCAGGCUGCAACCACCACGGAGGCAGCAACGCGUACCUGCUGCAGGCAGAGAAGCAGAGUAUGUACCUGUUGCAGGGUGCAACUACUGUGGCGACAGGGUGGAUGUACGUGAUGCAGGCAGAGGACCAAAGGAUGCACCUGGUGCACGAUGCAACCACUGUGGCGGCAGCAUGAAGGUACCCGGUGCAGUCAGAGGACCAGAGGGUGUACCCGGUGCAGGACGCAACCGCUGCGGCGGCAGUACGCACGUACCUGGUGCAGACAGAAGACAAGAGGAUGUACCUGGUGCAAGCAGAGCUCCAGAGGAUGUGCCUGGUGCAGGAUGCAAGCCCUUCGGCGACAGCACGGAUGCACCUGGGGCGGGCAGAGGACCAGAGGAUGUCCCUGGUGCAGGACGCAACUACUGCGACGGCAGCACAUAUGUAUCUGGUGCAGGCUGCGAACCAGAAGAGCAUCAAACUAUAGCACCAGGUUGCUAGGGCAUAAGUGGAAAUGGACAGAAAAGGGGAUCAAGCGAGUUGGGAAGUAAACGAGGGUAGUACGAUGGCCACAUAGAGGCAAAACGACAGAAAAUCUUUGGGCAAAUGACGUUCAGGAACCUGAACCUGGUCAAAAAACUGUUUGGGUGCAUCACAUUGCACCCAAAUUGACAGUACCAGCUGGUAGAAAUGUUGAUAUCAGGUUCGUUGAAAUAGCAUCCGGCGACUAUCCGGCCUUCUGGGCAACCAGUUAUAGCAAUUGUAGAUGUAUGCACAAGGGAAAGGGGGAGCAUUUGCUGCACACUCUCGAGGGUGCGACCUUUCAAAAGCAAGCAGGGAAUAGGAGGAGCUUGUGCCUGAAAACUGAGCUGUCAGCUACAGAUUACCCAGGUGGAUUGAAUUUGAAUAAAUAUUAUUAUAUAUCGUCACAUAUAUAUAUAGUCACAGAGAAUUGCCCAGUGAACCGUAGGCAGAAAAAUCGGAGACAAGAACAAGAAACAGAGGGCCGUGACAGAUUGGUUCGUCGGACUUUCACCGACUCGAAUACAUAUAUAUAUCGUCAAAUAGAACUGCCCGGUAAACCGUAGGCAGAGAGGGAGAAGAGGACAACAAACGAGGGGCUGUGACAAACUGUUUCGUCGGAGUUUCACCGACUCAUAUAUAUAUCGUCACAAACAGAUAUAUAGAAAUAUUCUCUCAAGCUCGUUUAUGUGUUCAGCAAUUGGCUUUACAUGGUGGGCAAUUCCAUUCAGCCCCUUUUGUAUAUGUAUACAAGUCUACAUAAUAUUAUAUGUCAUUUGCUUGGUGACAUCUCUUUAUGUAGGCACUGUUGGUCUGUCGGUGCAAGGCUCCUGGCAUUGCUGCUGUGAGCACACUCGUCGGGAGAUGCAGUUUCGCAUUCAAACCGAGCUCCCCCGAUUUGACAAUGCUUUUGGAAGUGAACAGAAGACAAAAAGGAUGACGAAGGAUCCCGAGCUGAGCCAUC